AUGCAGCUGUGGGACGACCACCUGGGCAGCGGGGUCGCGCGGCGGUGGUGCUCGAGGGUCAGCGGCUUCGUCGAGCGCAGUGGUCUGGUCGACUCGUUCGGGAGGACGCACAUGGGCCACAGUCGCUCCCGUGGUGGGGGCAGCCGGAGGGCGAUGGUUCACCCCAGACCGAGCGUCGUUGUUGUGGCUAUGCCCAUCGGUGGGAGGAGAGGGUGCAGACGGAGUGACCCCCUCGCCCACACCUUGUGGAGCGUGACCGCCAAGGCAUUGCUGAUGCUAUUCUCCUCCGACAUCUUCUGCUCCCGUGUGGGCCGCGGGGGAAGCGGUGAUGGCGCCACCUGCUCCAACUAUGCCCCCAUCAGCGCUCACGUCCUCGCUCGUCUCCGCAUCCCCCGCAACAUUAGAGGCUGCGGGCGGCGGAGCCUUCGAGCUGGGCUGCGAUCCAGUUGGGCCUUGGCCCACGGUUUCUUCGAUGCCUACUCUGCUCGAUCCGUAUGGACAUGGCGCCGGCGGCAGCGGCCGGUCUUCUUCUCUGGAUUAAUCUCUUCUCUCGCCAUCCUCUCGAAACCUCGCGCACCUCCCCACCGCUCCCGCCCCGCCCUCUCCUCCAUCCGGUUUCGCCGCCCUGCCUCCUCCUUCCAGCCCUUCGGCCUCCUCCCUGCCCCUCCCGGUCAGCCCCCGUAUCCUGCCCUGCGGCUCGUCCUGGGCUUGUGGCUGCACUUCGAGGUCAUCCUUUCUGGACAUGGGUCUAGGCGGAGAUGGCGCUGCUCCUGCAACUUCGAAGAAGGCACCGGGCCAAUCUACCAGACGUCAUCUACAUCCGCAGGUCUUAGCUCCCCAGAAUCCAUCGCUUGUUCUUCUUUGGUCCAAUCUGGACUGUUAAUUCCGUCAAGAGAUUCGCUCACUCAGGCAAAGCGGCUCAUGUGCCGCCGCAUUGGAGUCCAAUUUGAGGAGCCGGUCGCCAACCCCGCGGAUCUCCUCUCCUGCUAUGCUGACUGCUUCAAGAUCCCCUCUCCAUCUCCCAGAUGGACGCCCUGACACAGCUUUCAACUCAUGCCAUUGGGGGUAAGAAGAUUCUGAAGAAUACAAUCGCCUGAGUCUCAGUUCACUGUUUGUCUCAGCCUGUACCCAUGUCGUUUGUGUUUCUUUGAUUAGUGGCAAUUUCCUUGUGUGGAAUGUCAGGGGGCUUAACUCCCCGGCGAGAAGAGCGGCUGUCAGUGUGUUUGUUAGUCAUAAUGAUGAAACCAAAAUGUCCGUGUUUGAUCUUAAUUUGGUGAAGGAGAUUUGUGGUGCUUC